ACAAUGCUAUUACAUCCUCUUCAUGGAUCGAGGACAAACAACCGUUUUAUAUGAUUGCUCAGUUUUAUUCAACUCAGAUGAUAAAACAUAUCAACAGGCCUCAAUGGUGGAGACACAAAAAGAGGCAUAUGAAAAGUGGACAACAGGUCACAAAAAAAAAAUUCUCUUUGAGGAACUCGUACAUGUAGUAAAAAAUAAUUUGACUGUACCAAUUAAUAUAGUAAUAGAAAUUUUUAUGUGGAGAUCCAAUACAACACUUCGUACACUUAAUGAUAGAUUGUUAGCGAAUGUCAUUAAACACAUUAAAAUUCAAACAAGUCAUUUGAGUGUACUUCAACUUUAUGAAUAUAUAUGUAAAGCUCAUUGUGUUUAUUUUGAAUCUUAUGUUUCUAAUUUUAAUGAUUAUUAUUAUGAUGAAAAUAUUAGUGGAAAAAUUGUAAAAGAUCUGUUACGAUAUCAAUUUCAAGAUGAUGAAGAAGUUAUACGACAUUUUAUCAUUACAUUAUUUCAUAUACUUAAUAGAAGAAAUGGAAAAAAGAAUUGUUUAAAUUUAAUAGGAGAACCAACUUCAUUUAAAUUCACAUUUGUGCAAAUGGUUGCAUCAGCAAUGUUAAAUACUGGUUGGUGUAAUAAAAAUAAUAAAUAUGUAUCAUUUGGAUUACAAGAAUGUGCUAGAAAAUGAUUAAUUGUCAUGGAUGAUCCAAAUUAUGAUCCCGCAUGUUUUGAACAAUUAAAAACAAUAUUUUCUGUUAAUCCUACCAAUAUACCUAUUAAGUUUGAAGGAGAUUAUACACUAGCUAAAACUCUAGUUAUUGUAUGUUCAAAUUGUGAUUAUUUUAAAGGUCAUUUAUGGGAUGAAAGGAUUGUACAAUAAUAUUGGAAAUCGUGAAAUACAAGAA